UCCUUCUCACUGAGCCGCUCACGCACCCACGGGAAGCAACUGGCGAAGAGGAAGAGCCGAAGCAACUUUUCCGGGGAACCUCCAGCCAUGCCAAACUUGUUGCUUUUACGGAUGGAUCGUCAACGCCAACCCGAGGAGUGAUUUUAUUCCAUUUCGAGGAGGAGAAAAAAAACGCACUUCGGAAGGAGCUCGUUGUCGUCACUCGGCGAACAAAGCGGAUCGCCCCCAGCUUUUGGUUUCAUGUGUCCGUCUGUGUGAGAGGGGCACCGGAGGAUGCCACGAUGCCCUCGCUGAUCUGCCGCGUGCUUCUUCUGUGGCUCUGCGUGCACAGACUGGCGCGGUGCACGGAGCGCUCAUCCACGCGUGAGCGCUUCAAGGUGGUCAUCGCGCCGGUCAUCUGCAAGCGCAUCUGCCAGAAGGGUCAGUGCCAGGAUCGCUGCGAGCAGGGCAACAACACCACGCUCAUAGCGGAGAACGGCCAGGGGGCAGACACGCUCAUCGGGCAGGGCUUCAGAGUUGUUGUGUGUCCCCUUACGUGCAUGAACGGUGGAGUGUGCAGCUCUAGGAAGCACUGCCAAUGCCCGCCGGGCUUCACGGGCAGACUGUGCCAGUUUCCUUUGCGGCUCACCCAGCGCGUACAGGCGGCGCGGGGCAACAAGCAGCCCGUCUACCCCAUGUCCUUGAAGCCCGACAGCCAGAAGCUUCUGGAGCAAGCGGGCCUGGGACGCACCCAGAUGACUCAGUCGCACUCUGUUUUCUCCUUACCUUUUGCACAGCCGGGCCACCACUCCUCUGAAGUACAGAUAAACGUGCGCGUUCACCACGCAUCGGACACGUCCGUGGUCAUUCAGCCUCUCGACCAGGCAGACAGCAAACCUCCUCAGAAGAACGGGCCACGCCCUCCGACUACGCGACACAAGCCCAAGGGCCGUUGCUUCCAGGAGACUACACCCAAACAAGCUUGCAACAGCACCCCGCUUCCAGUUCUGACUAACCAAGAGGACUGCUGUGGAAGCGUGGGCAAUUCCUGGGGUCAAAACAAGUGCUACCAGUGCCCCAAACUGCCAAAUGCUUCUGUCAAGCAGACAAUUGUAGAAGAUUAUGGAUCAACCUGCCCGCAAGGUUAUAAAAGAUUCAACAGCACACACUGUCAAGAUAUCAACGAGUGCUCCAUGCAAGGUAUCUGUGAGAAUGGAGAUUGUCUGAACACUCUAGGGAGUUUCAAAUGUUCAUGCAAGGCCGGUUUUGUCCUGGAGAGGAAUCGUUGUGUUGCCGAGUUGUCUCACUGCUUCCUGAUUGUGUCCGACGUCAGGGGUUGCGAGCGUCCCCUGGCUGCCCAACUCGCUAUGGAUAGGUGCUGUUGCACAGUGGGCAAAGCAUGGGGGCGCAACUGUGAACGCUGUCCACAGGAAGGCACAGUUGCCUUCAGUGAGAUCUGCCCAGCUGGCAAAGGCUAUAUUCUCGAAAAGUAUAGAGAAACUUUCCCCUUGGCCUUUCCCUUAAUGCCCUUCCCUCACAAACCUGAAGUGGAAGAGACAACAACUGCUGUGCAGCAGGCUCCAACCAGCUACCAUAGUCCUCGUGUUCCUGUUGUCAAACCCACCCCUCCGACGAUCAUCCGAAUGACCCCUGACAAUGACCCUUUGGAAACCCAAACUAAAGUCUCACCAGAGACAGAUGAAUGUAGGCUAAGCAGGAACAUUUGUGGUCAUGGAGAAUGUGAGAACAGCCCGAACGGCCACAUCUGUCACUGUCACCCCGGCUACCGUCUCAACCCGCAGAGGAACAUCUGUGAGGAUGAUAAUGAAUGUGACUCUGAGCCUUGCGGUCAGGGUAGAGGCUUUUGCAUCAACACAGAAGGCGGCUACAAAUGCCACUGUCGCCAAGGCUACAAACACAUGGUGCAGCACGGGAGGCUAAAGUGUGUCGAUGUGAACGAAUGCGCCAAACGGGACAUCUGUGGCUCCGGAGGCCAGUGCAUUAACUUGCCCGGUUCUUAUAAAUGUGAAUGUCACAGUGGCUACAACAGCAGGUCACACCGUCACCCUGUUUGUGAAGAUGUAAAUGAGUGUCUCCGCCCGGACAGUUGUCCGAAUGAGCAAUGCGUGAACACCCUUGGCUCCUUUGAAUGUGUUCCCUGCUUACCGGGUCACGAGUCCCGCUCUGGCACCUGCUACGAUAUAAACGAGUGUGAAAAGCCUGGCAUCUGUCCCAAUGGCCGAUGUGAAAACCUUCUCGGAACGUACCGCUGCCUAUGCAAUGAAGGUUUCAUUCCAUCGAUUGACAGCAAGGGCUGCAGUGAUAUCGACGAGUGCGAGGACGUCAGGCUUUGCGCGUACGGCCGCUGCAUCAAUACAGAGGGAUCGUUCCAGUGUCAGUGCUAUCCCGGAUACCAACGCACGCAGGAAGGGAGCCACUGCGAAGAUAUCAAUGAGUGCGACAGGCCAUCAAACUGUCAAAGAGGCCGCUGUAUCAACAGUAUGGGCUCGUACACCUGCGAGUGCCAAAAGGGAUACACACUGGUGGGAGGCCGGCGAUGCCAAGACAUUGACGAAUGCGCAUCCGACUGGAGCCUUUGCCAGCCGUACGGCUCUUGCGAGAAUAGACCGGGCUCGUAUGUGUGCGUCUGCCAUCACGGCUACGUCCUCUCGGAGGACAAACACAGCUGCGAGGCACCUCAAAUGAUAGCAGAUGAGAAGAAGGAAUGCUACCUGAACCUGGACGACACCGUGUUUUGUGACAGCGUCUUGGCCACCAACGUCACCAAGCAGGAGUGCUGCUGCUCCAUCGGGGUUGGAUGGGGAGACCAUUGCGAGAUCUACCCAUGUCCUGUUUCUCACUCAGCUGAAUUCCACUUCCUAUGUCCAAAUGGACAGGGUCUCUACUAUGAUGAAGGACUCAUGUAUAGCCGGCCUGCCUACCAGGAUAUUGACGAGUGUUCUCUUUUUGCGGAUGAAAUCUGCAAGAAGGGUCGCUGUCAGAACACUCAGCCAGGGUACGAGUGCUACUGUCAGCGUGGCUUUUACUAUGACAGCAACCUUCUCGAGUGCAUCGAUGUAAAUGAAUGUCACGACGAGUCUCUGUGCAUAAAUGGUUAUUGCGUCAACACCGAAGGCUCCUUUUACUGUAACUGUAAGGAACCGUGGACCCAAGACCCCGACAAAAAGAAAUGUGUGCUAGCAGAGGUAGCAGACGUGAAUGAAUGUGACAAUCCAGCCAACUGCAAAAACGGCCUCUGUGUAGACACUCAAGGGUCUUACUACUGCAUUUGCUCACCACCAUGGACCCUAGCUAUCGACCGCAACCGUUGCGUGACUCCUGAAGAGCAAGCUGAUGUGAAUGAGUGCCAGGAUCCCUCCUACUGUAAGAAUGGGAGGUGUGAGAACACGCCCGGCUCCUUUCACUGUUUUUGUGACCCUCCUCGCACCUUCAGUGCGGCGCUCAAACAGUGCGUCUAUGACGAUCGCACCGCAGCCCACAAAGACGUGUGUUUCCAGCAGGUGGAUGAAGGCUUAAUCUGCAGCGAGCCGAGGAGCGUCAUGUUGGUUACUUACUCGGAGUGCUGCUGCCACUACGGUCGUGGCUGGGGGCCCGAGUGCAACACCUGUCCGCCCAGACAUUCAGAGAUGUUCAAUCAUUUGUGUGAGAUGCAUCUGGAGACAGAGUCAGACGGGGAACAAGAUAUCCUGACAGCUUUCGCUCACUAUAAUCCAGGUGACAGUUCAGAAGAAGAUUCAGACGAAUGCAGCUGUGCAAACGGCCACUGUGUGCGCUCCUAUCUGGGCACCAUGUGUGAAUGUAACCAAGGAUUUAGGUUGGACCACUCUCACACCCGCUGUAUAGAUAUCGACGAGUGUUCAGAACCAGCAGUUCGUAGUAGUCCGUGCGAGAACGCUCGCUGUGUGAACACUGUGGGCUCAUACAAGUGCUACUGCAAACACGGCUUUGUGCCCACACGCAGGCCGAAUAAAUGUGUCCGCCGUAGAAUGCAAUAACCCUUGACAAGUCGCUCCUAUUUAUCCAUAUACAGUACGGUAUAUGCAGUACACACUCAAGCACUGUGCACACAUACAUAGACCUCUGUCUUAUUUUUCAAGCAAGGAACUGUGUAUACAGAGGAAACUUAAAAACCGUGGAAGCAGCUGUGUAAUAACAAUACAUGUUAUCAGCUCCUCUCCUGUGCCAUUACAUGAAAAAAAAAAACCUUUCUGAUAGUGAACAUGUUUGUUGAGGUGAUAAUUUUGUAAUUAAUUAUCGAGAUCCAUUUUUUGUAUUGGAUUUAUAAUCAACAACUUUUUUACACAAAUACAUUUGAGAAUUGUACAUUGAAGGCCAAACGCAGUGUGGCGCUUUUGAAUUCCUUGUCCCCGUUCAUUAAUAUUUAAUUCUAAAUUGUCCUACUUUUAAUAGUAUUGUUCAAACCCAGAUUGUUGAUUGUGUUAUUGUACAGUUUGUGGCUUGAAAGUUGCUGUAAAACGUGUCAAUUGUGUUGAUGUAAAAUAUGAGAGACCUGAAGUUUGUGUAUAAUUUGACAUGUGCACCUACAGUAAGUAAGCUUUAAGCUAGAAAAAAAAAUGACCAUGCACUUAGCAAUGAAUGGUGGGAAUGUUUGCCAACUGCAGCUGAUUUUGGGAAAACAAGAAUGUUUUGCUGCAUUGAACCAUUUUGAAAAUGUGUUAAGAAUUGAUUAAAAAUAAAAAAAGAUAUGUCCAACUAUUUUUGAAUUU